ACGUGCGGACACGCGCUGCUAGCCUAGAGCUGUAGAAGACGGCUACUCAAGAUGCCGCCUAGAUCGAGGUAUGCCGUGGACCCGAGUCUGCAAGGUCAGCCUCAAUCUCAACAGCAGUUUCAGCAGCAGCAAUAUUCGCAACAGCCGUAUCCGACGCUGAACCAGGAUCCACAUCUGCACCAAGGAGCCGAUGGACGAACUCAAGCGUCCACAGGGGAAUACGCACCAGUCCAGCAGCAGCAUCAUCAGUAUGGUCAAUCCCUACAGACCAGCGGAUCCGCAAGCUAUGGUCACGGUCAUGGUGCUCUGUCAGGUCCUCCUGACCAUUAUGGCAAGCCCCAACCUCAAUCCGGGCUCGAACAAACACAACAGUUUCAACCUGCUCUGGGGCAUUCCGUCGUGCCUCCUCAACAUCACAUUCCAGCACCUCCUCAUUCUUCUGGACCAGCGCUUACCGGUCCGCGAGUCAGGAUCGACCCUAGUCAGAUGCCAAAUCCUAUCGAAGCUCAGGAGAUGGAUCAGAAUCUGUGGGACGAUGAGGAUUACUUGAGCUGUCAAUCUAAAGGGAUUAUACCGCUAGGAGGGACAGAUUGGAGAGGUGUAGAUCAGGGCAACUCUCUACCGCGACACAUCCGACCUACCCUACCGACCAUUCCGACCAACUCCCAGCUACUAGACACCACUGCGCUCCCAUUCGGACUCAUCAUUCAGCCGUUCGCGACCCUUCGAUACGACGAAGCACCCAUUCCUGUCGUCUCUAGCUUUGUCUCUGGACAGUCGGCCUUUGAUCCACUCCAGGAAUCGGAAGAAGAUGUCGGACCGCCACGGUGCGAUAAAUGCAGAGGAUAUAUCAAUCCUUGGGCACGAUGGCAGGACGGUGGCAGAAAGUGGGGCUGUAAUCUGUGUGGCAACGCCAAUGCUGUCUCCGACCUGUACUUCUCCCACCUCGGGCCUACGGGCCAGAGACUAGAUCACGACUCACGACCUGAAUUACAACAUGGGACUGUCGAUUUCGCAGUAUCAAAAGAUUAUCAUGCGCCUCAGCCACCGCCUUCGGGCUCACUCCUAGACUCUGUAACCGAUACCACUACUGAUGCGCUGUCGUCUACUGCCUCGGAUCUCUUUACAGGUCUCCAAGCUUCUCUCGGUCAAGGGACUUCUCGAGGUCCAACUCCGACACCGGGUAACAGGGAUCGUGAGAAGGAAAAGAAAAAGGACAAGAGACGUGUACGAAAGCCUGCCCCGAUAUCUAGAGUGUUUGUGAUCGAUGUCAGUGGUCCUAGCAUCGGGAGAGGAAUUGUAAGAGAGGUCUGUGAAGGGAUCAGGAGGGCAAUAUAUGGAUCCUCGAAGCCUGAAGGAAUUAACGGCGGGGCAGAAGAACAAGAAGAGGACGAGGAUAUCAUGGCGAGAGGGGAAAGAGUGGCCAUUGUUACAGUGGCGGAGACGGUUGGAUUCUGGAAUCUCUCUCCCGGCUUACCAGCACCAACCCUUAUGGUUGUUUCAGAUCUCGACGACAUGUUCAUCCCUCUCGCUGGAAAUAGUUUCUUAGUGGAUCCUCAGAUAUCUAGGUCACAGGUGGAAGCAUUGCUGAACUUGAUACCGGACAUGAUGGAGCAGCAAUCGGAGGGCAUCCGCGUCGCCGCAGGAUCAGCCAUCAAGGGCGUUUUAUCGGGACUCAGAAUGCUCGGUGGUCAGAUCAAUCUCUACCUCUCUGCGUUGCCUACUGUUGGUCUGGGCAAGCUGACCGCAAGGGAUGAUCCUGGAUCUUCUGGAACAGACAAGGAGAAAGCAUUGUUUGGUCCCGCCGACCCGUUUUGGCGUGUGACAGCAGAGGAAAUGGCAGAAUGCGGAGUCGGUGUCAACCUCUUCCUGUUUCCUGAUCAAUAUACCGAUGUUGCGUCUGUUGGCGCCCUCGCCUCGAUCACAGGCGGGGAAGUCUUCUUCCAUCCCAAAUUCAACCCUGUUCGAGAUCGCGACACCCUACACGACGAGAUCAAGCGCGUAAUGGUUAGAGAAACGGUAUACAACGCUACGAUCCGCAUCCGGUGCUCAAACGGGUUGCGGGUGGCGGAUCAUAUUGGAAACCACUAUCAACGAUCCAUGACGGACUUGGAGUACGGCCUAAUAGACGAAUCGAAAGCGUUCGCAGCGGCUCUGAAACACGAAGGUCAAAGGUUGGACGACCGACAACCGGCUUUCGUCCAGGUUGCUGUGCUCUAUACGAGCUCAUCUGGGGAAAGGAGAGUGAGAUGUCUCAACCUCAGCUUGACGACAACGAGCUUGAUAGGGAACGUUUUUCGAUUCGCGGAUCUCGAUGCCGCCGUCACUUUGUUCGUCAAGGAUGCUGUGUCGCAGAUGCCCCAGAAGGCUCUCAAAGACAUUCGCACGAAUCUCAGCAAUCGGUGUAAUAGGAUAUUGUUGAUGUACCGGAAGCAUUGUGCGCCAGCAGUCCAACAGGGUCAACUCAUCCUGCCGGAGAGCUUCAAGCUUUUGCCGCUAUACACUCUCUGCAUGCUCAAGUGCAAGCCACUGAAAGGUGGAAACGUCUCCUCGGACGUUCGAUCGCACUACAUGCGCCUCAUUCGCUCCUUCUCAGUCGUUAGCACCAUGAACUUUCUCUAUCCUCGAUUAUUGGCGAUCCAUGAUCUCAGCGAAGACGUUGGAUUCCCAGGUGCCAAUGGGAGGUUAAAAUUACCCCGAUUUAUGAGAGCAAGCUACGCCUGGAUGGUCGCGGAGGGAGCGUAUCUGAUGACUAAUGGAGAGAUCGCCAUGAUUUGGUUCGGCGGAGGUGUCUCACCUCAAAUUAUCGAUGACAUUUACGGCGCGGAGAGCUUGCAGGAACUGGACAUACGUAUUACACGCCUACCGAAGCUGCCGACACUAUUAUCUACCCAGCUGCGUAAUAUCAUCACUCAUCUAGAAGGCAUCGUCGGUCACACGCUACCCGUCAUCAUGGUCAGGCAGAAUAUGGAUGGCACAGAGAUUGAGUUCGCCAACAUGCUGGUUGAAGACAGCAAUAAUGAUGCUUUGAGCUAUGCCGACUAUCUCAUGACUGCCCAUAAGAGUAUAACGAAUGAGUUGAGUGGAAGUUCUGGGAAAGAAGGCUGGAUGCCUUGGUCUUCAUAGAGCCUGCCGGAUCUCAAUCUAUGCACGAUGCACGCAUGCACGCAUGC